AUGGGCGGUGGCUUUUCCGAAUCCUGCAAAAACAUCGAGCUCGUCAACGGGCACAUCUUGCGUGCCGAGUGCCGCAACGAUCAGGGUCACCAUCAGACCUCGGAGCUCGACCUCAAUACCUGCAUUGGUAACCUCAAUGGAUACCUUGCGUGGGACACACCAAACUUCUCCCAGACUUCCCAGAACAUCCGUCUCGUCGAAAACGGCACAAAGAUCGAGGCCACGCUGCUACAGAUCUCGGGCCACCACAGUGCGCCGCAGGGUAUCUACCUAAACCAGAGGAUUGUGAACAGGAAUGGAUGCCUUCGCUUCAUUCCCCACAAUGAGCUAUAG